GUGCACAUACGCGUCCGCCUCCGCGUUUGUUCUCCGAUGGUGUCCCGAAUGCGAACGCACUCAACGCCUCCAAACGAUCGCAGUUUGCCUGCUUCAACCGCCGUCGAGCGGUACAGGUUGUCAGUCGUGGGUGUAGUAACUGCACAGUCAGUCAGUGCAAACGGCGUGAGUUUGUCUGCAGGAAGACGAGCAGAUGUAGCAGCGGGUGAUGCGAUUCAUCGUCCGCCGGCCACCGCAAGAGCACCACCGUGCUAAGCUGUUGAAUCCUUAUCGGAUGAUGCGCCUAAGAGUCUUUGCAGCCGACGAUAAUUGAGCGACGGGGCGAGAGCUGGGGGGUGGCACAAGGUGCCCGCCGGUGUGCUAUGACCACGCCAGCGAUUCGUUGUUGUGAUGGUGUUCUUGCAAUUCCGCAAUCAGUAAUUUUUGAUGUACAGCGGAUGUAUUAAGUUUCGUUAAGCGAGUGUGGAAUGAAUUUGCGAUUGCUUCUUUCCACGGACAUCGGAAUUGAGACAUUAUUAAACAAAGGCAUAGUUGGGAGUACAGGUACUGCGCAGGCGGGGUGCAUGACUUCGCUGCGACAGCCCACCACCUGUUAUAGGAAAACAAAAUUUUCAUCCAAUAGGCAUCGGAAACUGCAGCCUUUUAGAGAAACGUGACUGGCGCUGGCGAGAACGAUUGACCUACGUAAAGAUAUCGAAAUAGAAGGCCAUCACCAUUCCCGGACCAACAUCCCGCGCUCAUUACCAUCAUCAUCAUCGCCGCGGGCGAUAAGCUAGAGGGACGGCUCCCGGGCCACCACCAGCAGUCAGUAAGAACAUCUAGAACGAACGCAGCAAUAACAACGCGACAAAAUGGGGAGCGUCAACGUAAAUCGCAACGUCAGCGAUGUCUUCUAUCGCUAUAAGAUGCCCAGAAUUAUGGCCAAGGUUGAGGGUAAAGGCAAUGGCAUCAAAACUGUGAUUGUAAACAUGGCCGAAGUGGCAAAGGCACUGGGUAGACCACCAACUUACCCAACCAAGUACUUUGGCUGCGAAUUGGGCGCCCAGACGCAGUUUGACUUCAAGAACGAGCGUUUCAUCGUCAAUGGCAGUCAUGACGCCGUCAAGUUGCAGGAUUUAUUGGAUGGAUUCAUACGGAAGUUUGUAUUGUGUCCGGAAUGCGACAAUCCCGAAACUGAUCUGAUCGUUUCGGCGAAGCGCGGUACCAUCUCGCAAGGUUGUAAGGCAUGUGGUUAUCACGGCAUGAUUGACUCCACUCAUAAGCUGAUCACGUACAUUCUGAAAAAUCCGCCGAACUUGAACCCCGCAUCCCAGGGGUCUUCCCUCACCGAGGGUAAACGCUCUAAGCGCAGCAAGCGCACCAACGGUGAUGCUACCAAUGGCGAGAACGAAGAGUGUGACAACACUGUCGAUAUUUCAGCUACUGAUAAUGGUGAUGAAGAUGAGACCGAAUGGGCUGUAGAUGUAUCCGAGGAGGCUGUCCGAGCACGUAUGCAAGAUCUAACCGACGGUGCCAAGAACAUGACCGUCAACGACGAUCUAGAGAGGCCCGAGAAAGAGCGCAUGGACAUUCUCUAUGACCUGGUGAAGAAGAAGCGCGACGGUGGUGAGCUGGACUCCGCCCAAGUGCAGAAAGAGAUCCUCAACGAGGCCGAGCGUCUCGAGAUUAAACAGAAGGCACCGCUGGUCCUCGCCGAGUUGCUCUUCGAUCAGAACAUCCUCCAACAGAUGAAAAAGCACCGUAUGCUCUUGUUACGUUUUACAUUGCAGGAUAAGAAGGCGCAGAAGUACUUCAUUGGCGGCCUCGAGCAGAUCAUCGAUUUGAACAAGGAGUCGCUCAUGACCAAGGUCCCUGUCAUCUUGAAACUGCUCUACGAUCUGGAUAUUUUAUCCGAAUCUGCCAUCUUGGAAUGGGCUGAAAAGGUAUCGAAGAAGUACGUCUCCAAGGAGACUUCCACCGAGAUUCAUAAGCACGCAGCACCCUUCAUCAAGUGGCUGCAGGAGGCCGAAGAGGAAGAAUCCGAAAGCGAGGAGGAGGAGAGCGAUGUCGAGAUUGAGUACAACGACCGUGCGCCUAUCAAACCCAUGGUGCAGGUGAAGCAGCCGCCGAAGAAGGUGGACGAAGAGGGCGAAGACUUUGACAUCGAUGCCAUAUAGAGUAGCGCGGAGCUCGCGACCAACCGGCGGCAGGCUUACAGAUUUCCCAUGCAUGGUACAGGCGUUCUGAUUGUAUACAGGGUAAUAAGUUAAAUGCUUCUUGCCGCGCUUUCGUUCGUUAUCCCGCCCGGAUUUUAUUUCACUUUAUUCGUUUAUAUAUCGAUUAUGAUUAACCCAGGUUCUUUAAGCAUUUUAACCACUCUGCCCAGCACCGAAACUUAAACUUAAUCGAUUUUCUCACCUACUUCUCUACCAGUUUCGAUAUCUUAAAACUUAUUUUAGCAUCUUCCUAUUACCUAUCGUUUUGUUUAUCUUUUUUCUCUCAAUUCCCUUCUCAACUCGCAAAAUUUAAUAUUUUCGAUGUAUAUUAUUAUUAUUACAACAUAUUGGUUUCUGUUUACUGAUUGUGGAAAUAAAUGGCAUUUUAAAAAAUGCUGCGAGUCAAAGCUUAA